AUGCAAACAAUAUUGCACCACAACGGCAGUGGUGUGAAUGCCUACACGAAGACGCUAAAGAACAGGGAAGUGCAUAGGGCCAUCACUCUCCAUCCCGUCAAGGACCAUCGCCAGAUGUACAGGAUACAUUCAUAUUUUAAGAACCUACGAAUCCAAGAACUUCGUGAGCGGUCCUUAGAUCUGCAUAGAGAUAUCGCUUCAGCUAUGGGCGCGCUGAAAGUACCACCAGAAGAUGUGGCUGAUUACAUACUGCCCGGAGACGUGCCUCUCUUCCCCGCUAAAGUUGGAGAGCCAGACUAUUUAGGGAACAAUUCUAUAUUAGGUGCUCCAAUAGACAUGAACAGAUACAAAUCGAACACAGUCGAUGACAUAGUGACGUUCGAUUUCAUCAGCAAGUCCUUAUACUCCUCUAGCCACGCCAACCCUAAGAGGAGAAUAGAGGGCCCGCUUAAGGAAGCUUUGGAUGACGUCAUCAGAGAGGUGAUGGAGAUAAUAAAUGCGCCAUCAAGACAACGAGGCCGUGUGAUAGAUUUUAACGAGCUUCUAUAUGGAUACACUAGACUGCAACCACUUCACGGAGCUGAUCAUGUACUGGAUCUGCUGCUGAAGUACAGGAGGUAUAGAGGUCGGAAGAUGACGGCGGCGGUGAGGCGGCACGCAUAUCUUCAACAAUCAUUUACGGGUAUGGAAAUUAGAGAACUGCCAAUGGGAGAUCCACCUCCAUUUGAAGAUCCAGACAUCUUAGAUAAGACUGAAACCAAUCCUAGUCCAGUCGAUUAUGAAGAUUUCGAUGAAUCGAAACCACAGCAACCAGAUAGUUUCUUAGAUUUUGGUCGAUUUGGCGUAAGAGAGGCUCUUGAAAGUGGCCUGAUGAAGUUACAGAAUCUACCUAAAGUAUUAAAGUGGGGUUCUGAUGAUUUUGAAGAAUACUCUGUAUAUGAUAGGAGAAUUAACUUUAUUCUCCCACUUUCGGGAAGGCAGGAGACCUUUGGCAGGUUUAUGAAAAAUUACGAGGAAAUAGUGCUGAUGACGAACGAGGCUGUGAGUUUGAUAGUCGUGGAUUAUUUGGAUCCAAAUAAUCCUUUAGAUUAUCAAAAUACUGAGUCGUUAAUAAACUUUUAUUUAGAUAAAUACGGUAAAGAUAUCAAACUUGUUGCAAUGGGUACAGAAUCUUUCUCAAGAGGUGCUGCUUUGACAGAAGGGCUCAAACUAUGCUCUGGUGAUGACCUCGUUUUCUUUAUAGAUGUAGAUAUGAUGUUUAAUUUUGAUAGUCUCAGAAGAAUAAGAAUACAUACGGUAAAAUAUAACCAAGUAUAUUUUCCUAUAGUAUUUAGUCAGUAUAAUCCUGAAGUCGUCACAGGUGAUGAUUACAACAAACUAUUGGGUGACGAUCCUGAGGAAGAAACUGCGGAAGACGUAAUCGAUGAAAUCAUGGAAGAACCGAAAACUGAAAAGGAAUUAAUUAAUUUGAAGUACACCAAAGAAAUAGGUAAUGAUUAUGGAUACUUCAGACAGUAUGGUUUUGGUAUCCUUGCCAUUUAUAAAUGCGAUUUUGAACGAGUGGGUGGAUUUGACCUUACUAUCAAAGGCUGGGGUAUGGAAGAUGUGCAAAUGUUUGAAACAUUAAUUCACUCAAAUUUAACAGUGUUUAGAACUGCUGACAGCAGUCUUGUGCACAUAUUUCAUUCUGUUGCAUGUGACAAAAAUCUGGAAAGGGCCCAGUUCUUGAUGUGUCUAGGUACCAAAGCUUCCACAUAUGGCAGUGACAAACAUAUGGCUUAUUAUAUGAUGAAUCAUCCUGAUUUAUUAUGGCCUGAAGAUAAUAAAGAUAAGGCAGAAGAGGAAGCGCAAAAAGCUCUACAGGAUAAAGAAGUAGAACAGAAAAAAAUUGAAGCAGAAAAAAAAGCAGCAGCUGAGAAGGCAGCAGCUGAAAAAGCAGCAGCUGAGAAAGCGGCAGCUGAGAAGGCAGCAGCUGAAAAAGCGGCAGCUGAGAAGGCAGCCGCUGAAAAAGCGGCAGCUGAGAAGGCAGCCGCUGAAAAAGCGGCAUCUGAGAAAGCGGCAUCUGAGAAAGCGGCAGCUGAGAAAGCGGCAGCUGAGAAAGCGGCAGCUGAAAAAGCAGCGUUACCGAAAGCGGCAACUGUAAAGGCGGCAGCUAAUAAAACGUCAACUGCAAAAUCAAUUACUGUAAAAGUUUCAACAGAAAAAGUGGCAGCGAAUAAAACUUCAGUUGAAAAGACUGCGGCAGAUAAAGCAAAACAAAAAGCCGAAGCCGAUGACAAAGAAGAUGUUGAAAACGACGAGGAACUUGAAGAAGAUAAAGUAAAUAGCUCUAAAAAUAAAAAUGACAAAAGUGUUAAAGAGAAAGUGGCUGAUGAAAAGGUUGAGGCUGAUGAAGGAGAGAAAAGUGGUGCUAGAUAG